CUCCGAAGCAUCAGAUCUAUACGAGUCGACAGGUUUCGCCAUUUCCGAAGCUUCGCAGCCAUCGUCAACAUCUCUUAUUCACAGAACCAACGUUGAGCUAUUUGGUCUCAAGUUGUUUAAUGGGCCCAAUAUAGGCUUAUCCAUGCGGCUUAAUAGUCCCAUAUAAUUACUAAGCUAGCUAGAACUCUGGAACACGAAGAAUAUGAAAUUGUUACUGCAGACAAAUAUUUCGAUUGUUGAAAAAAAAACACAAAUACUUUAUUUCGAUUCAAUACUGAAUGCUCCCAAAUACGAGCAUAUCUCGGAACCGUCGCAUAGUAACUUGUAGUAGCAAACAUGCACCAUAGUUAAUGAGGUAGCUUAGCUUACAUUGAAAAAAUAUAAUACUAUGCUUUAGCAUCGAGUUUGAAUAAUACAAUUGUUAAGUAGCGGUCCUGGGCAGAAGCAUAAGAAGUAUUUGCUUUCAGCUGUUGAUACGAUAUUUUGUUUUUCGGCCAAUUUAUUAAGUUGUAUCAAUAACUUAGAUGGUUAAACUAGUUAGCAAACCACUCCAAGGUAGCAUGUUCAAAACUACUAGUCGGCCUUUAUUUUUUCUGGGUUUCCAGCCUUUGGUUUUGUGGAGUUUUUCAGGGCAGGACUCAUGACUCAUCACUCAUGAGCAACUGGCACCAGUCUUUUUUUUGUAUUUGUCAAAUUUUCAUCGUAAUUAAAAAUGGAUUACGGUUGUUCGUGCUUUGAUAUAUUCUUCGAUAUUAAUAUUUUUGGGUCAUGUAGACUAGUAUUCUUUGAUUAAUCGCAAGAAAAAGUAAACCAUAUUAUAUUAACUAGUUCUGGCCAGGGUUUAACACUUAAAUAACUUUAUACACACACAACUAUUGGAAUGUGUCAAACGUCCAGUUCCAUCUCGAUUGUACAUUUUUUAUUUCAGUUACUACAAUUACAAGAAUUUUUUUUGGGUCAAAACAAUUACAAGACUUUUGGAUUGCUUAGUUAACAAAGGAAAAAUACUUGAAUUAUGUGAGACAUUUGCAGAAAAAAAAAACUACUCUACUUCGUUUCAAAGUACCACGAUUCUGAUUUACGGGGUAAUAUGGCCCACGUUAAAGUCAAAUUCGCAAUAAGAUAAUCUGCUAAAAAGGAAAUUUUACUUUGUCCUAUAGAGCUAUUUCGAGAACUUUGAAGAUUUUUUCAGAAAAUAUAUUAAUCUUUUAAUAAAUGUGGAAUAUCUAAUUGAAAACAAAAUUUAGAAUAAGAAUUAGAUCAAUCUAUAAAUUUCAACUGUAUUUUCUUAAAGUUUCUAUAUGAGACUUUAUUUAAUUUGGUCUCUUUGUUUAUUAUGCAAACUUUCCAAAUACGUGUUUUAGAUAGUUAACAAGAAAAGGAAACUUGCUUUAAAUAUUAGAUUUCAUAAAUCGGCACAAAGGUCUUCUUUGCCUUUUAACUAACAUUUGAUUUGACCAAAACUCCUCUAAUCCAGGCAUCAUCGUUGACUUUUUCAAACUUUGUUUCCUUCUUGAACAUCUCAAAAAGGCCAGAACUCCUCUGUUUCUGUCUUCGAUUUCGCUGUGAAUCACCAAGCAAUGGACAAUAAGCACCAUGCUUCAAGUUCAACUUCAAAACCAAAGAACAAGAACAAGCUCUUGAAGAUGCUUCCCAAAGCUAUGUCCUUCGGACAUCGCGUACCGCCGUUUAGCCCCGGAAAAGAUCUCCACCACAACCACAAUACAACGUCGUCCUCCUCCAACAAAGCAUAUUUCUCCGGUCCUAUGGUCUUGGUUCCUAACGCCGCUCGUGUAAGGAGAAACAAAAGCGACGCCGUUUGGGACGAGCCCACUUCACCUAAAGUCUCUUGCAUCGGCCAGAUCAAGCUCGUUAAAUCAAAACGCUCCUCUCCUAAGAAAAACCCUAAACCAUCUUCUUCCUCUUUAACCAAAGGAGAUGAUAACAAAGGUCGUUUUUCAAAGUUCAAACGUCUCUUCUCGUUCUCGUCAUCGGCUGGAGGUAACAAGUCUAGAAAACCCCAUCCCGCCGCCGUGACUGAACAGCCGGUUACGGUGGUUACCUCCGCGGCGGUGCCGUCGUUAGGUCAGAUGAAGAAGUUUGCGAGCAGCCGUGAUGGUUUAGGAAGAUUUGACUGGGAGGUCGAGAUGAAACGUGAAGAAGAAGAGUCUCCGGCUGAUCAUCGCCGUGGUUACUUUUCCGAUGAUGAGAGGAGAGGAGGUUGCUUAAGAGGCAAGGAAGAGGAAGAAGAUGACGUAAUAAUUCCGUUCUCAGCUCCGUUGAGUAUGAAGCCUAAGAAUGAAGUUAACUUGUGGAAGAGAAGAACCAUGGAUCCACCAAAACCACUUCAUCUUCAUACCUCUUGACCUUUGAAGUUACAUCUCCAUUUUAUUUCAAUAGGUAAGUCACUGCAAAUUAAAUCGUAUAAUGAUCAUCAUACAGAGUGAAUCUGGAUUUUGUUAUUAUGUAUAUAUGCUAAAUGGUGCCCAUAUAUAUCAUCAUUUCCAUUCUUUUUUAUUAUUAUUUGAAAGAAUCAUCAUUUUCCAUUCAUUAGUUAGUCUUUAUGAAUAUGUGUUUUGGUUCAAUUUUGCUAUUUGCUAAAUAAAAUCUCUCUUUCACUACGUUCUGUUUUUUGAACUACUUGAUACAUAAACGUAGCCGCUAUGGUUUUAACUUUUAAGACCAUAUGAUUUUUAACAAGUUAGCUGGAAGCCUGGAACAAAGGAGAUGACAACACUUACAAUCUAACAGAAGCCUAAAAUAACAAUAAACUAGUGACAAAAAUGAAGUUCAGUGAGUCUUAAAUUCACGGUUACUACUCCCUCACGAGAUAUGUUUUUCUCCUCUUUUUAACGGCUGUCCACUCUAUUUCUUUAAUAAUUUGGGUUGGCUUAGUUAAUCUCUCAUCUCUAGUUGUGGUCAUGUGAGUGUUUUUUUUUUUUUGAAAGACCAUGUGAGUGUUUGCUCCCAGUGUUGCGAAUGGUUGGUGGCACUUAGGAAAAACUGUGGAUCAAUUACAUUCUUACAGUUACAUAGUAAUGUUGUUUUACUCAUGGUGACAUCGUGUAUGACAAGAACCAACUAACUGUCCAUAUUAUAAAUGUAAUUCACAAUCCAACCAUUAAAUAACAUAUGCUUCGUAUCACAUAUAAAAUGAUAUUAGUGCUCAUAUUUAUUUAUAGAAUUACACAAUAUCUUCAUUGGGUAGGUAACAAAUCAAUUUACAUCUCAUUCUCGUACCGAAAUACUCAAAUUCCGUGCCUUCAAAGUUAAAAGUACAAAGCCAAAUCAAACCAAGAAUCACAAUAUUUUGUUGUUUUCAAUAUAAACAUGUCUCGGAUGGUACAAACAAAACCAUAAAUCAUUUUCCUUUUAGUAAAUCAAGUUGACAAUUUAGUAUAAGUGACACGAACGCCUGUAUACAGGAGAAUCUCUCCAAUGAGUUCUCCUUUACUAGAACCAACAUACCGGCCACAAAUAUCACCGUUUGUAAUGAACAAGAAAGUGGGUACUUCCAUAACAUUCAUGUCCUUGAUCUCCAUAGAGCAGGGCCGGAUCUGGGGACAGCCGAAUGAAACAUUGACCUCGGCCCCCAAAAAUUUUAGAGGUUUUUUUGCAUAGGUUUAAGCCCCAAACAUUGAUUCUGGUCCCCAAAAUUUUUAGAAUUCUUAAGAAAUGUUUCAAGCCCCCAAAUUCUCAGAUCCACCCAUGCCAUACAGCUAUCAUUCUUGUCUCCGUUCAUUCUAGCGAACACGAUGGUCUCCGACAUUGACCGGGACAGCUUCAGCACUGUCGGAUAAACCUUGACGCAGGGGCCACAAUGUUUCAGACCGACGUCGAGCACAAUCAGCUUGCCUCCACUGAGAUUCUCGUCGAUCGGCUUCUCCAUGUCAGCUCUGCCGUGCAACUGCACCACUGCCGAGUGGUUGUCGCCGUAGUAUAGCACAUCCCCCAUUAGCUGGUUUGGUCCGAUACCUACCAAAUGGUCAACGUUUUCCACAUAUUUUACGUGUUUGCCUCUACUAAAUUUUUUUUUCUCAGUUUUACAAAGAUUUGAAUUUUUUAGAUUUUUACAUUUAAAAAAAAUAUCAUACUAAUUUUUUUUAUCAUAUUUUAGUUUCAAAAACUAUUAUUUUAUGUAGUUGUCAUCUUUAAUUAUUACAGAUAAAAUAGGUAACUGAAACACAAAACUUAUAUCUUAAAAUCAAUAAAUAUUAUACUCCCUCCGUUCCUAAAAGAUCCAUGUUAUAUUUUUUUCACACUUAUUAAAAAAACAUUUAAAAUUAUAUUUCCCAAUACAUUGUUUUUCUUAAUUAACUAUUCCCAAUAACUUUUAACCAAUGAGAAUUUAUUAAACACAAUUGUAUUUUUUGAAAAGUACAAUUUUUCAUUAAUUAAUAAUAUAUUGAAAAUGUAAAAAAUGUAUCUUCUUGAAACAAUUUUUUUUUUAAAAAAUGGAUCUUUAAGGAACAGAGGGAAUAUCAUUUAUAUUUAUGAGAGGCAGGUAUUAGAGUAAAAGUAAUUGGAGAAAUUUCGAAUAAUGCCUUAUAUACAAAUCUACUUCUGUAUAUAGAAUAUACAACCAUUAUUUUUAUUUCUAUAAAAAUAUAUAAAAAUAUUUUAAAUAAUUAUAAAUAAAUAAUUUAUAAAAAGAAAAUUGAUGAAACAUCAUAUAUUCUUUCUAUAAUUAUGCAAUUAGUUACCAUAAAUUAUCAUUUGUAAUAUUACUUAGUUUUUUUUGGUAACUUGUAUUAAUUGGUUGUAGAGUUUCCAUUUAUUUUUAGAUUUGAUUAAAAUAAAUAUUUAAUAAAAGUCAUCAACCAAUCAAAUUAUAAUAAUUUGUUGAAACUUCACCUAUAAGCGAUAAGUCAGCAGAAGUCAAUAAAGUGACUUCUCAAUUAAUAUAUAGGGGUUUGCAUCGAUAGAAGAUGUCCUCAAGAUUUAUAUAAAUAGAUUUGAUAAAAGUCUCAUAAAUAAUUUAGAAACUCUAAUAAAAUGAUUUUGUAUGCCAGAACGAAAAAAUGUUUUAAAUAAUUUCAAAAUCUUUAUAAAUGAUUUAUAAAUCUCGUGGGGGUUUUAAAAAAAAACAUUAAAUUUCUAAUAAUGCCUUAUAUGCAAAUCUGAUUAUGUAUAUAGAAUAUACAACCAUUAUAUUUAUUUCUAUAAAAGUAUAUAAAAAUAUUUUAAAUAACUAAAAAUAAAUAAUUUAUAAAAAAAAUUGAUAAAACAUUAUAUAUUCUUUCUAUAAUUAUGUAAUUAGUUACCAUAAAUUAUUAUAUGUAAUAUUACUUAGUUUUUUUUUGGUAACUUGUAUUAAUUGGUUGUAGAGCUUCAUUUUCUUUUUAGAUUUGAUUAAAAUAAAUAUUUAAUAAAAGUCAUCAACCAAUCAAAUUAUAACAAUUUCUUGAAACUUCACCUAUAAGCGACACAUCAGCAGAAAUCAAUAAAAUGACUUCUCAAUUAAUAUGUAGAGGAUUUGUUCUAUAAAAAUAAUUUCUAAAUGUAUACACAUAUUAAUAAAAAUAAAUAAAAUUUAUAUCAUAUAUAUUAAUUUAUAGAAAAAAUAAAAUUUCAUCAGUAAUAAUUCAGAUAUUAAUUAUUAUUUUUAAAAUACAAUUUAGUAUUAUCAAACAAAACAAAAUUUACAGAACACAGAAAUUUUCUAUCAGUGUAAAGCAAAAUUUUAUCUCUGAACUUUAUUUUUGCGAAAACUGAAAUAGUAAAAUUAGACAUGGACAUAAGUAUGAUAUGGCUUUUGUUUUGUUUUGGUAAAAGCAUAUGUAUAAGACUUAUUUGCAUAGUUCAAAGAAGUGAAUACAGUCGAAGUAACCGAAUCAUUAUGGUAUAGUGUUUGAUAUAAAGAUGGGGAUUUAAAAUUAGUAAAAUGUGAGAAUUUAAUGUGUAGAAAGUUGGAUGGAAGUGGUAGAUUUUGAGGCAAUAAAUAGUGGGAAGAAUUAUGAGGUGUUGCAGUUAAUGACGCAAGGCAUGCAUUUGGUUUCUCAUCCACACUACUAAUAAUAAAAGUCCAUUUUUAUUGGAGUUUGUUCCGUUUAUAAAGAAAAUACCAGUGAAUAAAAUAAGAAAGAAAGAAAGAUUUUAAGAAAAAUUGUGACAAGGAAUAAAUGAGACUUUGCAGGUUGUGGGAGUGAUGAGUGCGACAUAUCAAUAGACAGAAGGGAAAUAUGAUUAUAUAAACGAUGUCAAUUUAAUUGCAUUUUGCUAAAACAAUAGGGACAGACCUUAUUCUUAAAGAGAAAUACUUCGUGGAAUUUAUAGCGUAUCAUGGUUAAUUGCUAGGUCAAAAAGGCAGAACUUAUAUUUUAUUCUAAAUUUUGGUGUUACAUUUAGUCAUUUACAUAGCCUUGGAUUCUGCAAUCCUCUCCUAGGUGGAGGAUGGACCCAUCAGUUGGAAGUUGCCGCACAUGAACAGAAGUCAGACAUUGGAAAUUUUACAUGAUUCUCAACAAUAUACUACUAUAGUACUUAUAAAACAAAUAUUUCUCGAGGCAAAAACAAAACAAAUGUGCAAAUUAAAGACCAAAAAAAAAGUUUUUCUUUUCGUGUUUCUUUGGUUAUAUUUUUUCUACAUAUAUUUUUUUUAAACGAUACAAUCUGUAUAGAUUUCAAAAUAUUUUGAAAAUCUCAAGCAAACAGACUCCCUUUAUCUCUCUAUUAAUUCUUAGAGCAUUUCCAAUCAAUUUCUAUUUAUGCUUCUAACAUAAGAAUUGUUAUUUUUUUCUUCUAUUUAUAGAUAAGAAAUAUAGCAUUUUUCUAUAUUUUACUUUAUAUUUAUACAGCUCUGUUUUAAGAAAUAUAUUUGAGCAAAACUCAUCUCUAUUAAAUAUUUUUUUCUAUUUUCAUGGUAAAAAUAGAUGAAUAUAUUCGAGAUGGUAUUAAUAGCUUCAAAUUAAUUUGGACGUGUCGUAAUGUGUUCAAGACAUCUUAAAGUUUGGCGUUAAGGAGAAAAAUACCAAACUUGUACGUCGGGCCAUGUAUCGAAUAAAAAAAACUUCCACCAGCCAACGUGUGAAUAUAGCCCUGGGAAUAUAGUAUAAUCAAUGGUUGUUAUGGAUCAUGCAACAUUGCAACUACCAUAUAAAAUAUCGGGACUCAAUGAGUUCGAGACACUAAACGUUUACUCUCAUUGACACAUUAUCAAUCUACGUACAACACAGCUUAAAAAAGUCGUGACUUAAAUUUAUGAUUGUAACAUUUUAGUAUUUUAAAGACUAGUUAGAUAAACAUUUAGAUCGUGACAAAAAAAAGAUAAAUAUUUAGCUAUAACCAGUUUAUAUUUUAAGUAUUUUACGUUACCGAUUAAAUUUUUUGAUUUGAUAGUUUAAGGUAACGUCUACAUUGUAUAGCUGUUAACCAAUAACUAAUUAUGUAUCACGAUUCUGAAGUUUCAUAACAAAGUUCAAACUUCAAAGAAUAUGUUUGUCGCAGUUUGUCAAUAAAAUUAAUAACUUUUUCACUCUAUUCAGUUCAAUAUCAUUAGAAAUUAAUAUUCUUAACAGUAGUCAAUUAGAGAUGGAGCCGUUUAAUUUGUGGUCAGAACUCAGAAAUGGGUAUGAAAAGGAAACCGAACGGUAAGAGAACCUCGUUGAAUUUCUUUUGACAUUUGCAAAAGAAACCACCACGAGAAAAGUAAACUAAAAACCUCAAAUAAAAAAUCCAAUCACUCCUUCACUGUUUUUAUGUUCGUAGUUGUUAGAUCUUAGAGCAACUUUAUCAAUGAGUUUUUCAAUUUGGAGUUCUCACUUCCCAAACAAUAAUAUUCUAAUACCACAUAUUAGAAAAUUAAAUUCUUAUAGAAAAAUUAGAUGAUUUUUAAAGGCAACACAUAUUUUUCUAAAGAGGUUCUAUACUAUCUCACUCUCUCCCAUAUUUUUCUUUUAACUUUUAUUUUCUUAAACAUUGAGACACUCUCCUAAAGACUCCCAUUGGAAUUGCUCUUAUAUCUGUUUGAAUCCGAAUAUUUAAAUAGAUCACUCUUUCAUUUGAUUUAAACAUAAUCUAGAUUCUAGGGUUUCGUUUGGAAAAAAAAAAAUACUUGGUUCAUAAAUUUCCUGCUACAACAACAACUGUACAUCACCAUCAUUAAGAGAACCCCAUCUGCCUCUUUCGCAACCUAAUAAAUAUUCUCACCCUUCCCCAUCUUUCGCUUCUCUCAUCUAUUGUUCUCUUUGUAGGUUUUCGCCUUUCUCCUUUUUGUUGAAAAAAGGUUCUCGCCUUUCUUUUGUAUGAAAACUCUUUUUCCUUUUAGUCAAAAUAAAACCCGUUCCUCCUUAUUGUGUACCUCUCCUGAUUACAUACGACGGAAAGGAAAGAGAAGAAAGUUUUGAUCAUGCCGGUUUGACAAAAGAGUUUCUUAUAGAUAUCUUUGGCAUUCUGUCCACCUCCUCUACAUAUGUGUAUGGACGAUGUGUUCUGUGAGUGGAGGUGGGCAUACUGCCAAUAGAGAUCUGUUAGGGCUUCUUUGUAAAACUCCUCAUGAUUUUAUGCACUCAAGAUUAUACAGUAGCUCAUGGUGAUCAAGAUCAUCUGAUGAACACUUAGAUCUCAGUUUGAAGAAAUAUUGUAUUUUCUCGAAUUUACUUAACCUUAUUAUGUGUAAUCGUGAUUUUUAUUGAGUCAUUACUCAUUAGUUGACA